UCUCUUUCUUUUUUUUUUUUCCGCCACUUUCUCUCUGAAUUUUUCAUUUUUCUCUCACUUUCUUUCUGUCCAAACGAGGAAAAGAAAAAAAAAAUGGGAAGAGACGAUUUGUACAUUACGAUUCCGACUCUUUUCCGGUGUCCGAUAUCGUUGGACGUGAUGAAGUCACCAGUGAGCUUGUGUACGGGCGUAACGUACGACCGAGGCAGCAUCCAACGGUGGCUGGACAGCGGGAACAACACGUGUCCGGCCACGAUGCAAGUUCUCCAAAGCAAAGAAUUCGUACCGAACCGGAAUUUACAACGGCUCAUUCAGAUCUGGUUCGACUCAGUCGCUGGCCGUCAACCCAACGCCGAAUCGACUGUCAAUUCAGUUGUUGUCCCUUCUCAAGAUCAGGUCAAAAUCUUGGUCAAACAGCUUGACAACAAUUGCUUUUCAUCGUUAACGAAGAUUGUUUGUUUCGCGAGAGAAUCGGAGGAGAACCGCGAGUUCCUCGCCAGAAUGGACGAGUUUUUGAAUGCGGUGUUCGAUUUCAUGAGGAAUGCAGAAACGGACAUCAAAUUAAUCGAACAAGUUGUUAAUAUUUUGGAUUUGAUGUUAAGUAAAAUCUUGGAGAAGAAGCCGUUGUUGGAAUCGAAUUGCUUGUCAACGAUUCUUCUGGUUUUACAGCGAGGAAGUUCAGAUUCGCAAAUCCAAUCGGUUAGAUUACUGGAGUCCAUCGCGGUCGAUGGAGAGUCCAAGCUCAAAAUAGCUGAAAAAGAGGGAUUAUUAGCCGAAUUGGUGAAAUCAUUAAGUAAAGAGAAGGAUCCAAGAUUGAUCGAAGCGAGCUUAUCUUGUUUGAUUGCAAUCACAAUUCCCAAAAGAGUAAAAACCAAAGUAAUCCAAUCUGGAACAAUCCCAGAAUUAAAGAACCUCUUAUCCGAACCAAACACGAGCGUUUCAAUAAUCGAGAAGUCAUUAAAACUGCUGGAAACGUUGUCGUCUUGCAAAGAAGGGAGGAUGGAGAUAUUGCAUGAUUCGAUAUUGUUACAAGCGAUUGUGAAGAAAGUGUUGAAAGUGUCGAGCAAAGCGACGGAGCAUGCGGUGACAAUACUUUGGAGCGUUUGUUAUUUGUUUAGAGAUGAAAGAGCGCAAGAAGCGGUGGCUAGUAGCAAUGGGGUGACCAAGUUUUUGUUGCUGAUGCAAAGCAAUUGUUCUCCUGCGGUUAGGCAAAUGUCGGCGGAUUUGCUCAAGAUUUUUCGGGUUAAUUCCAAGUCUUGUUUAUCAAGUUAUGAUACUAAGACUACCCAUAUUAUGCCCUUUUGAGGAAUUUCGCUUCUGCUUUCUCUUUUUCUCAUUUCAUGUUGAAGAGAUGAGAGAAAGAAAGAAAGAAAGAAAGAAAGAAACCAAGUUUGUAAAUCAAAGGAAAAUUUUGUUAGUAGAAUAUUAAAAGAGAAAAUUCAUUUGUUUUUUGUAUGGAUUAGGGAGUUUUCUUCUAAUUUGUUUAAUGUUUGAUGGGUAUUUGAAUGAAUCAAAGGAUAUACAUUACAUUAAACGAAUACAUUACAUCAAAUGAAUCAAAGGUAUUAAAUGAUUUGGUGUUGCAUGAUAAUGUUGUGGGACUUGUUAAAUUGUUGAUUCAUUAUUUGUUUGCUUCUUGUUUGUUUGUUGAAGCUUUAGAAAUUACAAUUUUUAUAUGAUUUGAUUUGUCAACUAAGAAAAAGACAAAGCAGGGGCUCAUUCAGUAGCUCAUAAACCUGUACUUGUAGCGAUGCUGCUUCAAGUUGUAGGAGAAGACUGUAUUCUGUACAUAACAGUAAUUAUCCAGUCAAAGGAAACACCAGCAAAUUUCCCCAAAUUUCAUUGUUAUAGAUUUUGAACCUAAGAUUGUGAAAUGUUCAAACGUUGUAUUAAUCGUUCGUAAGAUCGUCGAAUUCUCCGGUAAUCCUCUUUUAUCUGUAGAAGAAUUGUUAACCUGAAGAUUAGAUUUGAUGUGUAAACUUGAAAGUAUUGGUUUAAUUGUUUGUGGUGUUGAUGGAUUCUUUUGUUCAAUGAUAGAAAAGCAUAAUACAUAACUAGAAAUUGCGUCUAGCCAUCUACUAAGAACCUAUGGGCGAGAAGUAAACCCAUGUGAGUUGGCAAUAUUAUUAAUGUUUAGUGAUAAAACUAAGCAAGAUUCCUGGCUGGGCAGCUUGGAGGGAGGCAAAGGAGUAAAGAUACGACGAACUUUGACAAGAAAAGCCAAUAUUAGGGGUGGAUUAAUUGGAGAUAAAGCAAGAAAACAGGGAGUUCUAGAGUAAGGACAGACAAAGUGCCGCAAUUGCUGAAAUGGGGUUGCUUUGCUGACUGUAAUUUUGAGCACUUAAAAAAAAAAGAUACAUAAACAAGGGCUUUGAUUGCAGAAAGUGGUGAAAGGGAUUGGAAUCACAAUCUGGAAAAAGAAAAUUGUUAAAAGUGAGGGAGAUAGAUUUGACCACUCCA